CUCAGCCUCCAGAGUAGCUGGGACUACAGGCGCCCGCCACCACGCCCGGCUAAUUUUUAGUAUUUUUAGUAGAGACGGGGUUUCACCGUGUUAGCCAGGAUGGUCUCGAUCUCCUGACCUCGUGAUCCACCCGCCUCGGCCUCCCAAAGUGCUGGGAUUACAGGCGUGAGCCACCGCGCCCGGCCUCCUGUGGUUUCACCUUAUCUUGAAUGUCACAGAAGGUAGGCUUUAAGUCUGAUCUCUUUCAUUUAGUGUAAUGCAUUUGAGAUUGAUCCAAGUUAUUGCAUGUAUUAAUAGUCCACUCCUUUUCAAUGAUGGUCAGGAUUCUGUUGUGUGGAUGUAAUAUAACACAGAGCUUAUUUAGCAAUUCACUCAAUGAAGAUCAGUUGGGCUAUUUCCAGGGUUUUUCGGCUAUUAUGAGUAAAGCACAUAUAAAAAUUUGUACACACAGUCUUAGAGGACAUAAGUUUCACUUGGCUAAAUGCCUAGGAGUGAAAUUGCCAGGUUGUACAGUAACCCUAUGUUCAAUUUUAUAAGAAAUUGCCAUACUUCUGAGAUGGGAGAGUUCCCUUGACCCCUUCUCGGGACUUGCGACAGGGGUGUGACCUACUUACUUGGCCACUACCAUGCUCAAACUCUCUGUGGGAGUGGGAGCACGCAGGCAAGAGGGUGCCAGGGCUUCGAUGAGCACUUUUGGGCUCCAGCCCAACAGCAGCAUUUAGGGAUGUGUUGCAAUUCAUGCUCUUUUAGCAGUUGCCAUCCGUGGACAGCUAAGUGUUAACCCACUCAAUGGAGAAUCAGGGUGGCAGCCUUUUACACCCUGCCCUGUUGGCACCCAGGUUCUUGUUCAGCAUCCAGGAAGAAUCAGGUUGCAUGAAUGGUUUGAAAGGUGAUGAAUGUGGACGAUUUUAUUAAAUGGUGGGAGUGGCUCUCAGUGGAAGGGGAGCUGCAAAGGGGAUGGUGCAGGAAGAAAGUGACCUUUCCCUGAAGCCUGCUGUCUCUGGCCGGGCUCCUCCCUGAAGUCAUGCCACCUGAAGUUAAGCCGCAUCUCUGACACUCAGUUGCUUCUUCUCCUCUUGAUGUUCAGCCGCUUGUCUGUCUGCCAGCUGAGGUCUGGGGUUUAUAUGGGCACGGGAUAGGGGGGCUGGACAGGCUAAAGAGUAACAUUUGGGCAGGAUAACAGGGAUAACUGUUCUCAUUUAGGGCUCGGUUUCAAGGCUUGAGGGUGGGACCUUUGCCAGUGAACCACCCUCUUCUACCCAGUAAAGCCCUGCCUUCUGUCCUUAUCACUUCUUUCCAAAAAGGCUGUCAUUUUGCAUUCUCAUCAGCAAUGCAUGAGACUUCCAGUUGCUCUGCAUACCUUGCCAUACUUGAUAUUGUCAGGGUUUUAUAGCCAUUGUAAUAAGUAUGUAAAAGUGUUCCAUUGUGGAUUUGAUUUACACUUCCCUAAUGACUACAAUGUUUAGCAUCUUUUAAUGUUCAUCUGUAUAGUUCCUUUGGUGAAAUGUCUGUUCAAAUAUUUUGCCCAUUUUGUUAUUGGGUGUUUGUUUUCAGAUUUGAGAGUUGUUGAUACUAUAUUUUCUACAGGUCUGUGGCUUGACUGUUUUAACCUCCUUCUGACUUUUCUAAGAAGACAACGUGAUUUAUAAACGUAAAUAUCUGCAGUGGAAAAACUCCCAUGGCCCAUCUGUAAUUUCAGACCUGGGAUUCCCCAGAGGUUCAAAGCUCUCAUUGACGGGUAGUUGCUGGUUAUGGCCAACAGCCAGGUUGAUUCAGGCACUGACAUGUUAGGACAUUCUGCACAUGCGUGCCUCUAACACUCCUCCCCCAGCCUCUUCCUCCCCUCUGCAGAGACACCCUUCUCCUUUCUGCUGUCUCUGCACGGGUGGCCAGAGCCACACAGCCCUUUCUUUAAGUCAGGAGUUGCCCUGUCAGAGCACAAGGCAAGAAGGAAGUGAUAAAGGGACGGAGGGGAAGCCCUGAGAGGACUGAAAGGAUGGGAAACUCUCUGCUGAGAGAAAACAGUUUCAGGCGGCAGCAGAACACUCAAGAGAUGCCUUGGAAUGUGAGAAUGCAAAGCCCCAAACAGAGAACAUCCAGAUGCUGGGAUCACCAUAUCGCUGAAGGGUGUUUCUGCCUUCCAUGGAAAAAAAUACUCAUUUUUGAAAAGAGGCAAGAUUCCCAAAACGAAAAUGAAGGAAUGUCAUCUACUCCCACCCAGCAGGCCAAUGUUGACCAGACCUACUCAGAGGAGCUGUGCUAUACCCUCAUCAAUCAUCGGGUUCUCUGUACAAGGCCAUCAGGGAACUCUGCUGAAGAGUACUAUGAGAAUGUUCCCUGCAAAGCUGAGAGACCCAGAGAGUCCUUGGGAGGAACUGAGACUGAGUAUUCACUUCUACAUAUGCCUUCUACCCCUAGGCAUGCCCGAUCCCCAGAAGAUGAAUAUGAACUUCUCAUGCCUCACAGAAUCUCCUCUCACUUUCUGCAACAGCCACGUCCACUUAUGGCCCCUUCUGAGACUCAGUUUUCCCAUUUAUAGUGAAGUGGUUGGACUAUCAUUUGUUUAGCACCAACAAAUAAAAGGUGGGAUGGGGGAUCUGCCUGAAGCAGGGAUGGGACACAAAGUCCCUCCAGCUUAUCUCCCACAACAACCCUUUCCCUGCAGAGCAUGGUUUGUAUACCACAAGCCCUCUUAGCACCCAAAAGCCAAAAUCUAAAGAUCAACCAUUUAUCCUGAACAACACCAUUUGAGAAACAGGUAACCAUCUUUGGUUCUACAUGGUUUGGAGAGUAUAGUGGUAGGAGGGGCUCCCUGAUUCCCCUAAAGCUAUGCACACCACAAGGGGCUCUGCUCUUCUGUCUGGGAUCUUCUUAUAAAGUGUUCCCAUGAUCAUUCUCUAAAGUCACAAGGAAGCUUUACUCAUCAUACUAAGUGUGCCCAAGGGGGAGUUCACUCAUUACAGUGACCUUCCAGCUCAGCCCCCACCCCAUGGGAGCCUGUGUUGCUCCUCUCACUCCAUGUGUCUAAGUCAUGUCUUUUACAUAGUGUCCUUUGACCUGUUGGCCCCCAUGGUCUGGUUAGUUAUGUGAGUUGAAUCAAGAGGCUCUAGGCCAGAUGUUUACAUAAUUUUAACCUAUAUGAUUUUAUUUUUAACUUUGUAUUUCUCCCUAGAAAUCUUAAUAAGACAAUUAUACCAUCAGACAAUGUUAAGAAGAAUGAUCCUUGGAGAUCCCGUAAUCCCACUACCCUUUUUUGGCUCAGAGAGGAUAAUUUGCCUAAUGAUACAUUAAAGUUAGUGGCAAAACUUAAUUUGGAGCCUGAUUUCCUACUGACUUCCAAUUUAGUGCUCCCCCAGUAUGCUAAAUAGAAAGCCCUCUGCAAUAUAUUAAAUGUAUACUAAAUGUAUAUAUUUAAUAAUGUCAUGUAUAAAAUAUGAAUAAAAUGUCCACAUAGGAAAUUGACACAUAUAUACCUUCUCUGAUAAGCACUCCUCUGUGUGUCCUGAUUAUUUACUUUCUCUUAUCUUUUCCUUAGUGUUCCUCAAAUUAUAUCUAUCCUCUAAACCAGGGAUCAGCAAACUAUAACCCCCAGGCCAAAUCUAGCCCACUCCCUGUUUUUAUAAAGAUUUGUUGGAACACAGCCACACUCAUUUGUUUACCUACUAUCUAUGAUUGUUCAACCAUGGGAGAGUUGAGUAAUUGUGACAUGGACCAUAGGCCCUAAAGAGCCAAAAUAAAUAUACUUUGGCACUUUUUGGAAAAAAAGUUUGCAGACACCUGCCCUAAAUGAUUAUAGUUUGAGAGAAACUUAACAGAAAUGUGUUUGGUUACUGAUGCAUAAAAGCAGGCACCAAUAAAAUGGCAUAAAAAUAUUAAAUCACAAAUUGGAUAAGUGAGACCAAGGCAAUUUAGCAAAUUCUACUAUUUCUGUAUUCACACCUGUGUCUUCCACUUGCUGUUUUAUUUAACUCACGGCUACUGUCCUAAUUUUAGGGACGCUAAAAUAGUUUGUUUUAAAAGAGGUUUGUUUAAGAAAGCAGUAGGUACAUUAUGUUUACUAGACAGGCCCUUGGACCAGCUAAGCGACAGGGAACCUGGUACAUUAUGUUUAGUUACUGUUUUCUUCUCAAAGUUAACCAAAGCUAAAUAACUUUGCUAUGUAAAAUGUGCUGACUCCCAAACGAGGAGAAAUGCAGUGGCUUGAGCUUGCAUGUGUCACAGGUUUGUGGAGCCUUCAGCCAGGCGAUGGUCUUCAGCUAAAGAGCCAGCUGCAUCUUGGUAUCUCUUCCUCUGCUAACUUCCUACUUUUAGCAAAAUUCUUUCACGUGGAACUCUAGCUGAUCCUUGGCCAGGAUCAGAUCCUCAAAAGGAAAUAUUCAGUUAGCAGUGGAUAUUGUACAAGAUGUAACAUGGCUUAGAGGAAAGAGUGUAGACCCAGAGACAGAUCAUCAGUCACUCAAAUCCUGGUUCUCUCUCUUCCUCCAUCCGUGACUUUGAACAUGCUACUUGGAGGCUCAGCUUCUUCACCAUCAACAGGAGGAUUACAUCUAAUGCAGGCAAUCAUCUAUUACAGAUGCCAAAUAAAUGAUAUCAAAGAGCAUAGAGAAACAAAAAUCUUUUAUGAUGUAUGGAAAAAAACCAUGCUGAUACAGCUGGCUAUUCAGGGUCACCCAGCAGUCCUCCAGCAAGGUAGAAACACCAAAUCAAUGAGUUUAUGCUAGAAUUUUUCACAUGGCUACUGGACCAUUGUGGAAGUAGACUGGUUGAAAUAUUCUUAGUAUGACAUAGUAAGUUAUAUUUGUUUGAACCUUAUCCUGUGAAAGCAUUAUCUGUCCCAAACAGUAUAUGCCUUUUAUCAGGGACACAUUAAAUAUAAAUGUUUAACCAAAGAAAGUUGUUCUUAUAAUGUAAUUAUAACAGGGAUUUAUAAGAGGGAAUUAUAAGAGGGAUUAUGAAAGGGAGUUACUUUUGAGCAAGGGGAGCCAUUUGGGAGUGCUUCAAGAUACCCAAUAUGAUAUACACAAUUAUGAUUUCUCAGUCAAAAAUAAUAUUAAGAACAAAAAAAGAGUUAAAAAAUUCUGAUAUGAGUGUAAUAUACUUAAUAUGUAGGAUGUCUCAAAUUUCCAGUAAAUAAAUUUUAAUGUCCCAAAAUACUCACUAUGUCUGUAUGUAACACUGAUCCUGUUUCCCCUACAUUUCAUGAUUUCUAGUGAAAGCUGUGCACUCCCUUUGCAGAAAAUGCACAUUCACAUACACACACAUUUGUAUACGAUGUGUGCGGGGGUUAGGGAUGCAACCCCUCAGUGAAAGAGUCCCUGUCCCUGAUAAAGAACCUGAGCCUGAGCAUUUAAAUUACUCUCUCAAGCCACAAAUAUAACCAGAAAACUCCUCCUCCCUCAUGCUGGUCUUAAAACUACAUAGCCAAAAUUCAGAGGCACAAUUUAUGCCACAACUGCAGACUUUGUGGUUUCCGUUUCACGUACAUACUAGCAUCUAUAAAUAAUCCCUUAUUCUGUGAAUAAAUUCUUAUUUAAAACAGAAGAGAAAAAUAGGAAGAGGGCAAAGAUAAGGCGGGAAAAUCUGUUGACAACAAGUUGAAAUGCUAACUUUUUUAGGACAAACUUGAGUGAUAGAUGCUUCGGAUAGUCUCAGGGAUGGGGAAGGGCAUGGACAGAACAGGAAAUAGAAGUCUCCAGGAUUCCACAAGGGCUCCAGGGAAAAGUAGAUUCUGUUUCCACUUAUCUCUGUUCUUUUCCAAGCCUAUAGCCUCAAUUCAGAAACCCACUUGAUCUGAGUGUACCUUGGCUCUGCCAACUGUGAAGUGGACCAGUGUAAAUUCCGUCUACUUUGAUACAGAAUUCUCCUUUGCAAGGCACUUGGUGAAGCCUUGAGAGGUCAUCAUCAUCAUAGAAAGCCUCCUGCAGUCUGAGGGCCCUCCCUCGCCAUUCACCCCUGACCCCUGAUCACUUGUGCUCCUUAGGGAUUCCCAGAUGUCAGCCAGGCCUGAACUGAGCCUGCCUCUGGGGAUCCUACCUGGGCUGGUGGCCAUUUAUGUUACGUGGUUGCCCUGUGGGCUAGGCUUUGCCCUCAACAAGCUGUGGAACUCUGGGCUGGUCCUCCCAGCUCUCCAGAAUUUGAUUUCCCAACUGUGAGAUGAGGGAGGUGCCUUUUGAAGCUGAGUCUGUAAUCUCUAGUCACAAAGGAAAGAUUCAAGGAUGUCUGUGGAUAAAGCUGCCAACAAUGCAGCAAUUGUUAAUUCACAAUGCAGUGUGAAUUAACUUAUUUUAAAGCAAUGAAAGAGUGAUGGGAGAGGAGAAGGAGGACAUUGAGAGAUUUCUCCCAUUUUUUCUUAGCAUUGAUCAGACUCUGAAUAGGACAGGAUUCAUGUUCAGAAUUCACAUGUAAAAGACAAAGGAGAGAAUAUGUACCUCAUC